AUGGGCAAGAAGGGGAAAUCCAAGGAUAAGAAAGGUGGUAAGGGCGAAGAUGUGGAAACAUUAAGGCUUCAGCACGAAGCUGCUUUGGAGAAGCUGAAAGAGGACGUGUCGUUUGAGGAACGCGCAUUCAAGAUUAAUACCAUCAAGCUGCAGACUAAAUGGAGGGAUAUCAUGAAAACUGCCAAAUCCAACGAACUAGCCCACCAACUAUCAGUCCUCUCAGCAACACACCAACGCCACUCAGACCUCAAAUCAGCCGCCCUCUCAAACCUAAACCGCGACCUACAAGAAGCCGAAGAACAAUACACGAACGCCCUAUCAUCCCACCUCAACAAUGUCGAUGACCUCAUCCAGCUACAGGAAGACCGGCUCACCCAUCUCCAAGAAACAUUCAAUGCAGAUGUCGCAUUCCUGGAAGUCGAGUUUGAGAAUGAGAGGAUGGAUGUCACAAUGAAACACACGAAAGCCAAGAAUGAUAUUAUGGGGAUUUUGAAUAGGAUGCAGGUGGAAUUUGGCGAUGCGGAGGCUGACUCCAGACAUGAGUUCAGUUCGGUUAAGGAUGAUGUGAAGAAUAAGAACCUGGAAGAGAAGCACGCUCUACGAAUCCAGCUAGAAGGAACAGUUGAAGAUCUAUGGAGACAGUUCCAAUCCGCCUUGAAUUCGUACAAUUCUGCUACUGAAGAGAGAAAGAAGCAGUUUGAGGAAUUGAAGGCGAAGGAUAUGAGGAAUGCUAGAGAGAUUGAUUUCCAGAUGCGUAAAUUGGCCAAGUUACAGGAAUCAAUCGCCUCCCUAAAACAAAAACACACCCACAUAAUCCACACCCACGAAUCCCAGCUCUCAGGCCUCCGCGAAACCCGCGAAAAGAUCUCAACCCAAUUCCAGACCAUGAAACUCAGCAUGUCACUAUCUCGAGAACGUGAAAAGAGACGACUGGCAGAUCUAAGUGUAAUGUCAAACAAGACCAUCAAGAAUCUGAGACUGCGUGUCGAUAAAGCAGAGAGGAUUAUCAAGUUGGCGGAAAUGAAUUCGAGGAUGGAGAGUGAGGAGGAAAGGAUAUGGCCUUUUGGAAGGCCCGAAUUGGUGCAUGGGAGCAGUAGUGGUGGUCGUGAUGAGGAGGAGGUUGAUGAGCAGAGUUUGGCACCUGCUAGUGGUGUAAGUGGAGACGGUAUUUCGGCUUCUAUUGAGGAAUUACACCUCCUCUCAAAAUUCCACUACCGAUACAAUCGAGCUGCUCUCGAUCGACUAGCACUCGAACGACGCAAGGCAAGACUACAAGAGGAAAACAACCAGUUGAGAUUCGUGUUGAAACAAUACCUGGAUGGUAUUUCUGUUUCGGAAGCUACGCUCAAGUCGGAGAAUCCAUUGUUGGUUGUUAAUGGCCGUACGAAUGCACCGUUAAGGCAUGAACGUGGAGAUCCUGUUCAUGUAACUGUCGUUGAAGCUAGUUUCGUCAAGUCUGCCCAACGUGUUUAA